CGUGUGUAGCUACUGUAUUCCCGUUCUAAUGUUAAAAGCUGCUGUCCUGCUGGUCAGCUGUUCUUCCUCUAUCGCGUGGAGCUUUGUGUGGAUACUGUCUGUUUAACCGGACAUCGGGGUCUCUUCUCUUUUGCAGCUGCUCCUUGCUCGCUGCAGAUCACAAUGACACCUGUGAACAUCAUAGUCCAUGGAGUAUCAUACUAUCACCACUGUAAACAAGAAAAGGUGGCGGCUGUCAUGUAGUUCGGCCUUUUACUUCAUGGAUUUUGAGUCUUGAGGAUUUUGAACAUUUAGUUUUUGUCACUAUUUGUCUAAGUUCCUAGACAUUCUAUAUAUACACUUAAUCAUGUGUAAUGCAGUCCAAUAAUGAAUAGAACUUUAUUUUGAAGAAUUUAACUAGGUUGGGAAAAUUCUUGUUUUUCUAAACUCCAAUCAAAAUGCAAUUUGUGUUAGAAUGAGAGACUGACCGAGGAAGUAGUAAAAGCAAGUAAAACCAAAGGGGCCAAAGUGCUUGUGCUGGUAACAGAAGAGCCACCCUGUCAGUAGGUUGGCAGCGCCUGAGGUAGCCAGGGCGUGAGGAUGACUAGCUUGUUUAAACGCAGUAGCAGCAAUGGAGGCUCCAGAAGCAGUGGAAAUGGGGGUGGGGGUGGCAGUGGACAGGGGCAGCUUAACAAUAGCAGGCCAAGCCGACAGGUCAGACGCCUGGAGUUCAACCAGGCCAUGGAGGACUUCAAGACCAUGUUCCCCUCUAUGGACUAUGAGGUGAUAGAGUGUGUGCUGCGAUCUAACAAUGGAGCUGUGGAUGCUACCAUCGACCAGCUGCUGCAAAUGAGCAUUGACGGACAAGGCUCAGAUGACAGCUCAGACUCGGAUGACAGCAUCCCACCAGAGAUAUUGGAGCGAACUCUGGAGCCUGACAGCUCAGAUGAGGAGGCACCUCCAGUUUACUCUCCACCAACAUAUGACAUGCACAUUUAUGAUAGGAAAUACCUAGAAGCCCCACCAACACUAUCUCCACGAUCUAAAGCCCAGCCUCCUUCAGCUCACCAGCAGGUCAGAAGCUACCGUAACUGGAACCCUCCAUUGCUCGGAAAUCUCCCUGAUGAUUUUCUACGGAUUCUUCCACAGCAGUUAGACAACAUUAAGCAGAGCUCUCAGAACAGUCUGUCUCAGCUGUCACCGUCCUCCUCGUCAGUUUCUUCAUUAGGUCAGUGGACAGUGCAGUCUGGUUCUGGGUCUGCUGCUGGAACCACUGGGGGUCCUGGUUUAACAACAGCAGCUACAGAGCAAGACAAGAAACUGAAACAGUAUCUGGAAGAUGAGCGUAUCGCGCUGUUCCUGCAGAACGAAGAGUUUAUGAGAGAGCUACAACGCAACCACGAGUUUCUCAUUGCCUUAGAGAAAGAUCGCUUGAAGUAUGAGUCAAAGAAAUCAAAGUCCAAUCAUUCAACUAGCUUGGAGAAUUCCACAGGAGACCAGUACUCUGGAGCUUCCAUGGAGGCCAUCUCAGAUGAUGCGUUCAGAGACAAACUCAAACACAUGGGCAAAUCAACAAGAAAGAAGCUGUUUGAAAUUGCCAGAACAUUUUCAGAAAAGACAAAGAGAAGAAAGUCAAAAAGGAGGACACUCCUGAAGCAUCAUUCAUUGGGCACAGCCAACUCUACAGCCAAUCUUCUUGAUGAUGUAGAAGGACACCACUGUGAGGAAGAUGGCCAGCCUAGAAGAGCAAACACUCAGGAAGAAACUGAAAAACGCAGUGAAACAAUAUCAUGAUCCUCCCGUGCUGCUCCAUAUCGGUUUCCAAGGUGACUACAGCAUCACCCAUGGGCAGUGGUUUUCUAGCUCGUGUUGUUCCUACUUGCUCCUGUCCAAAUCAUCUGAAGAGUUAAGACACCCCUGCCCACCCCUGAAAGAGGAAUCAGACUGUUCCCAGCCACUGGGCAAAAACUUUGUAAAUGCAUAAUCUCUGUGUUCUAACAUUUUAUUGAUAUAUCAUUUUGAACAUAAAGGAACACACGUUAUUCCUUACAGUAUUUGUUGAUGACUUCUUUUAAUCCACUGUGGAGGAAUACUAGCAUAGUGAAGCUCUUUCCAUACAAACCCUUCUCCAGUCCUGUACUACAGCAUACUAGGCAUUUCAAAUCCAAAGUGUGAACAUGCAUCUUUAUAUACACUAAACCAUGUAGGGCUUUUUUUUACCUCGUUUUCUCAAGCAUUGUAAUAUUUAGCUUUAUGUAACUGAAUUUUUUUGGUGUACAAAUAUUGUGGUUGUCUGUGGCUGCCUAAAUGUCAAAAUGUCACCAUGGACAAAAUAACCAUUAGGCUGUGUUUUUAAAGAAUGGUGUUCUGGGAAAUAAGGGUGUUGCAGGGUAUGGAGCAGUUUACUGUUUUUUGUUUUUUGUUUGUUUGGCAAGGUGAAAUUUUUCAGUUUGCGUUGUUGUCUAUUUCAGUAGUACUGUAGGCACUGUGCUGUUCGAACAUUAACCCAGGGUGACCAACUAGAAGCUGUCAAGCCAGGGAAAACAUCAGCAUCUUAUUAGGCUUCAUAAGGUUAACUGGUACACAAAGUCCUUCACAUACAUUAUUGUCUAACCCAGUCUGAAUGGAAAUUUUUGAGCUUUUAGGCUAUGGCCAUUUAAAGGUGAAAUGACAGGAAUGACUAAAUUUGAAUAAAAUCUUCACAGUCACCCCUCCCCAUUGAGUUUGGGCCUUGAGUUUGGCAUUUGUCAUUGUUGCCAUCUUGUUUUAUUUUAUUUUUAAUACAUGAUCGAAACCCAACAGUGGAGAUGGGAAGUUAUCAGCUAAUACUACCUAGUUUAGUUGGCGAGGUACGUCCAUUAUUCACUUUGAUGUCAAUUGGGAUAGCAAUUAUUGCUAGUGAAAAUAACAAGAUGUACUCAAAGGAAAAACUGAACAAGACAUUUUUGUAAAACUUGUAAUUUGUGUAUAGCAGCAAAUGACUGACUGCCUGGAAGGUAGGACCAACAACCAAUAUGUUGAAAUGUUGUUAAGUUGAUGAAGGUUCUCAUCUUGUUCACGGCUUCACCUUGGUAGCUUGAACCCGACGCACAUUCCACCCUUAUCGUGUGAAGCCUGUUACUGGUAGGUGACAGAAGAGUCAGGUCCUAAUUAGGUGCCAGGUUUCCAAAAAUCUUCAUGCAGAUCAUUUUUUGUCUUUAUUUCCUGAAGGAAAGCAUAUUUACAAGUGAUGGUUCUAUAGACAAUGAGAUGGUUGUGGGUUUGUGAAAUAUGGUGGCUGAACAAAAUGACAACAGAAAAAAAUGUUUGUGGGAUUUUUCAUCUUUCUACUGUUUUUAUUUGCACGUGUAGCUGUGAACCUAUUGUGGAUUGUUAAUUGUAAUGUUGGGAAGAACAAAAGAAAUCAAACAAUAUGUAACUGCUUUAAUUUAACAAAUGGGUUUAACAAAAGUAUUGCAAAAAGUUUGAUGACCAGGUGAUGCCUGUUCUCAUAUCAUUGCAUGAUAAAGUAAUCCGAUAAAAGAUUCAGAUAUGAUUCCAAGGGUUGAACUUAUAUUUGGCAUCUUUUCCCCUGAAUUCUCAAUAUGAGGUCCGGAGAUCUUGAUGCACAGGAAGCAGGCCAUAUCAGAGAUGUGGUACAUUCCUAAAAAAGCAGGAAUGCACUGGCCAUGCUCACUGGCCACAGAAGACAACUAAAGUGGAUGCUUGUUGUGUACACUUUCCUUGAUUUAGAAAAACACAACAUCUAGCCAUCUGCCUAUGAUUGUCAUUCUCUGCAAUCAAGAGAUUACUUCACGAUUGUGAAUAGAGGUUUACAACAAGAUCCAAAUACUGGUUACACUCAAGAACAGGGAGUUCAAAAUUGAAAAAGCCAGAAAACCUCUAGGGGAGCCCGAUCAGUUCUGGGGGGAAAAAAGAAUCCUUUCCUUUGGAAGAUGAAAUCAAGAUGAACUUGUACUAGAACGAUGGAAAAAGGAAAUUGAGAAGGUGACUGCAGUGAAUGCUGAUAAAAACAGUAUAAUGAAUUCUGAAGUGUGUGGCUAUGAUGCCUUCUCAGAUUCAAACAAAUACUGCAAAAUUGAUUGAAUAAUACAUUUAGCCAACUUGGUCACAUAUUCUCAACUUGACAUAGCAUGCUUUUUACCCCUAAACGGUAAAAGGUAUUGUCAUCACCCCGCCGGGCAGGAAGGUAGGUGGGCCUUGAAGUUUGUGAAUGCAAUAUAGGUGCUUCAAGUUGAUACCCUUGGUACAUCUUCUAAAAAUCUCGGACAAAUUUUAAUCUCAAUGACGUCGACCUCAAGGUUAAAGGUCAAGAUUUCUGACAGUAUUACAAAGCAAUAACAUGAGAAAGAAGUCACCUAGGGUUCUCAAAUCGAUGCCAUAGAUGCAUCUAACAAAAAUCUCAGCUGACUUUGAGAAACCAUAAAACUUCCAAGGAAGUAAUUGCAGCAUUUAGUGAUGUCUGUAGAUUCUAGACUUGGGGUUGUCAUGUGCUGCAAAGGUCAUCUAAUUUUUGAAAACACAUUUAAGGUUAUGUUAGCUUCUUUAAUUAUUUAUGAGAUUCUGUAAAUUUGGGACUGUAUAUAAACUUUACUGUGAUAAGUAGACAGUCAAUGCGGUAAUUCUCUUAAUCCUCUUAACUUGUUUGAGUUUAAAGUCCCAUACCUAUGGACCUACUUGUAUGAGUAAACUAACAGUACAAGGCAAGUAAAUUGCAGCUUGAUAAAUAAACCAUUCUGGAUUUGUCUGCUCUACUGGAUUAUUUGAUGAUGAGUAAACUUUACUUGUCAGUGAUGUCAAAUACGUAAUUUCUCAAAGGACCAUUGCAGUGUUAAAUGCAUGUUCUGGCCAAUUACUUUAGCAAAGGUUCAUUUUGAAGUUUGGUUUGUCAGUGUCUCAUCAAUAUUAACCUCACUAGUUUUGUCUUUUUCAAGAAACUACCUGAUGUGUCACAAGUAGCAGAUAGAUAAAGAUUGGCUAGUAAAUCUAGUGCAGCAUUUGGCCUCUAAAAUUGUAGAUUUUGGUUUGUUUUGUUUGUUUUUUAAAAGAAAACAAAAACUCAAGAAUUCAUGGUGCCUUACAGGAAGUUUUCAGACCAUAUUGAACAUAACUUAACAUGGAUGUAACAGAAGAAUUUAAGUUAUGGAUGUCUGUCUACACAUCACAGCAUACAGAACCUGUGGUAAUCCUUUCCAUGGUCACUGAUGUCAAUGUUCCUGGUGAAAGAAAUGCUAGAAAAAAUGUUGAUAUUAUGUCAGUGUUGAUUUUAAUGUUUGUUUGUUUGUUUGUUUGUUUUUUGCACCAGGGCAAAACACAAAAACAAAAACAGCUUUAACAGAAAGAAACAUGCCAAACACUGUGCUGGUCCUUUAAGAGAUGAGGCUAUGUUGUUGAGUAGUAAAGUCAGCAAUUUAAAGUAUCGAUGUUAGGACAUAUGGUGUAUUUUCAAGGGACAAAUUCCAGAUGAGUCAGGUGAAGUGUUAGAUGAGGUUUUAUGUAGUCUUUGUUUUGUUUCUCAUGUAGAUUAUGUUACUGUAAAAUGCAGGUCAAACUGUCAAAUUUGAAUAUUUGACAGUUUGAUUCUGAAACUUGGUUUCCAUGUCGGACCUAGAAGAAUAAACAAAAGCUUUAAUCAGUUUUGUAAAGAGGCAGGAAGCCUGAAUGGGCUUUUUGUUUGACCUUUCACCCACUUCCUAAAAACACGUAGGAAAUGCAUUCAAAAUCCUGUUGGCUGAUUAAAUGUAGCAUAAUGUGCACAACAGGAAUAGUAACAGCAGCAUAAUGUCCUACAGGGUAGUUGAAGGCAAUGCUUGUCUAUCUGAUUUAUAUAGGAUGGUUGGUUGUUGUUUAAGGAUACUUCUCCUCAGGGAAGUCUAACACUAGAUAUCUUAAACAGAAGCACAAAAAUCUGUUAUUUCACCGAAGCAACAAUGGAUUGCCCAUUUGAAACAGAGACCAGAAAUACUUUUCUUUUUUAUUUGAACUUUAUGAAACAGCCAUUUAGCAAUAGCAAAUCAGGUUUUCUGAUUUCAGACUUUUUUCUGUAAUGUUUGUAAUGCUAUACUCAAUAAUUAGUCUUCCAAAACACUGAAUCCAAAGGAUAUAUAUGUUUUUGUUUAUUUUUUGUUUUUAGAACCAAACAAACAUAAACAACCCAUAAAAAACCUUAUAUUUACUACGUACAAUAUAAUUACAGUUGUAACUGAAUUAUGUUAUAGUUAACUAAUUUAAAGCAACAUUUUUCACUUUAAUGUUGGAUGUUGAAAAUGGUUCAAAAUUUGCAGAUCAAAUCUAAAUGUUUUAUUAUUUUAGUGUAUAUUAACAACAUUAGCGUUCCAUUAAAAUAAGGCAGAUACAAGGAAAUUUUCUAACAUGUAUUUUUGUGGAAUAUACUAACUAGUAGACUAAGAGCUGAGAAAUCCUUUUUACAUACCUACAUGUUCAGCUGCAUCAGUCAUAUUAGAUAGCCAGAAAAAAAAAACUUUGAUACUGGUGAGUUGUUUACAGUGCAUAUGGGCUUAUGAACGCACCUGUAAGACUAUACAGAGAGAGCAAGAAACAUACAACAUGUUGAACACUUUUAAGUAGGUAAAAUUUACUGGGUCCCAUGUUCUUUAAAAUGCGAAACAGAAAACUCUGUCUAUUGUUUGAUUUCAAAUUCUUUUGUUUUUGCACAAACACCACACCCUCGUGCUUGUAAGAAUCCAUUUGGAUCUUAUAUUAGCCAGUCUUGAAACUGCCAACUUGCUAGUACAACGUCCAUGUGAAGUGGAUUGUGCCAUUGUGUGAAUACUGUAGGUAAUAUUCUAGUGCAAUCAUUGCUAGAGUAUCUCCAGCAGGGUAAAAGCAGGUUAUUUACAAAUGCAUACUAAAUGUAUACAUGUAUAUGCCCAUGUGUAUAUAUGAGAAAGGACAACUGUGGAGAACAUCCCAAACUAAUUCUGCUCUCUGAAAUUUAUGUGUGAAUACAGCUACAACUAGUAACUUUACAAUUUGGCUCAAUUGCUUGAAGAAGGUGGGAAUUAGAGAAUUUGUUUCUUCCUCAUUUUGUGAUGGUUAUGUAAUUUUUUUCUACCCUGAUUUGUCUGUAAACUGUAUUUGUGAAUACAUUAACACAACCAAUAAAGAUUUUUUUUCUAUAAAGUAA